GUCGACGGGUAGCCACGCUUGGAAGUGUGACCGCAGUUGUCCGCUCGUCCGCAGAGGCGUCGCGAUGGUGCCCCGGGAGCGCGCUGUCCUGGCGGUGCUGCCGCUGUUCGCGGCGCAGGUGACCAUGGCAACCGGGGAGACCCGGUGUAAACCGGGCGAGUAUGAGGUUACCGGCCUUUGCCACUCCAGCAAACUCUGCCCGGCUGGCCACUACGUCAGCAAAUACAUAGACCAGGACCACAGCAUCAGAGAGUGCAGGGAGUGCGAGUCUGGAACCUUCCGGGCCCACCCCAGUGAGGAGAGCAGCUGCGUGCCGUGUUCCCAGUGCCGGGAGGAUCAGGAGGUGGUGACUGAAUGCUUCCCAACCAGCGACCGGCUAUGCCAGUGCAAGCAGGGCAGCUUCUACUGCGACUCCAAGCACUGCACGGAGAGCUGCUUCCGGUGCAAAAGGUGUGAAGACAGCACCAUCCUUCAACCCUGCAACGCCACAAGGGAUACAGUUUGCGCCGUAAAAAUUCAUCCAGAGGCUGGAAACCUAAAGUGGUUGUGGAUCCCCCUUGCUGUGGCUAUGGGCCUUUCCAUCGCCACGGCCAUCAUCAUCGCCACCUUUCGCCACUAUAGAAGAAGAGCUGCGUGGUUUUUCCAGUCGGUUGUCGGUUUUGUGAAACAAAAUCCAAAGGAGCCAGGCAGCCCUUCACCUAGAAGCAGCCAGCCCAAGGAGAUGCAGAUGCCCAUUGACCUUGAGAGGGGCCAACCAGCCCCUGGUGUGGAGACCAGGCCGCUGUCGGAGGUGGAGGACUCAGCCCUGGCGCCCAAGGCCAGGACCCGCCUGGGGCCCUCCAAGGACGCUGGGGAAAUCUUUGAGCUACAGGAGCUGGGGGCCAAAGGAAGUCCAGCAGCCCCAGAGCAGACACUACAACAGACUCAAGCUCCCGAGGCCCCCAGGCCCCCAGGCCAAGCAGAGGUGUCCCCUUCCCUCCGCAGCCUGGAGCAGGAAGACAAUCUGACCCUGCCCACCUGUGAAUGGCUGCAAGAAAGAAGAAAUUCAUGCAUCCCCUCCUCAAGGAUGGUCAUUCCAGGAGAUGAUUUGCAAGACUGAUGGUCCUCUUUACUUCCCCACCGCCUCUCCCUCUCUAUUCUGCCUUUUUACUUUACUUCCCUGUCUGAUUCUAUAAAAGAAACUGGAAUCCAGACCCUGAUAAGGUGGUUAUUUUGAGACAUAAGUCUGCCAUCUUCUCGGUCUGCCGGCUUUCCGAAUAAAGUCGUAUUCUUUGUCUC